CACGACUGGCGACUGGGUGACUUAGGAAAGUGUGCCUGUCUGUUGCAGAUCUCGCAGUCGAACGCGCGCGAGGUGACCCUGCGGGACGUGCAGCGCGACCUCACCGGCUUCUACAAGUGCGAGGUGUCGGCCGACGCGCCCUACUUUCACACCGAGAUCAAAUCGGGGCUCAUGAUUGUGGUCGAGCUGCCGACGGAGAAGCCGGUGGUGUGGGUGGAGAAGCUCAAGUACUCGCAGGGGGAACGCAUUCGGGCCAACUGUUCGGCGCCCGCCGCCUACCCCGCCGUCAACCUCACUUGGUAUCUCAACGGCAAGGAGGAUUAG